GUUUACGACCGACGAGCUCUUGGAGAACUGGAUUAUCAUCCAGUUGGGGUGUUCGCUGGUCACCGUGAUGGGAUUACUUACAUCGACGCACGUGGUGAUGAUAGGUAUCUCCUGAGUAAUUCAAAGGAUCAAACUAUAAAGUUAUGGGAUCUGCGCCGGUUUUCGAAUGAAGAGACAGUGCGGAAAACAGUGAAUUGUGUACGACAGCAAUCAUGGGAUUAUCGGUGGCAGCCAGCACCUCCUUGCACCCUUACACCCCUGAAAGGUGACACAUCUGUGAUAACUCUAAGAGGACAUAGUGUGUUGCACACCUUGGUGAGGGCUAAAUUUUCACCAAGUAGGACUGGCAAGCAGUUCAUUUAUACAGGAUGUGCACGAGGAGAGGUCGUCAUUUAUGACUUGUUAGCGAACUCGUCAUCAUCGUCGUCGAACGAGUCGGGUUCAAAUCCGGUUGCUAGAGAUUGGGGUCACGUAGAGCUGUGCCGCGAUUGGGACGGUGUGACGGCAAUAUGGAAAUGGGACGAGCGACACGAUCAUGUCACAUCUAGUGAGGUGAACCAAAUUGGAGCCGAAGAUUCGUGUGACGAAUCCUACCAACCGGUAGUGAAGCGCCGCAAAGCGGUGCAGCGCCGAUUGAAGUGCUCGGCUAAACGAAGACAAGAGCCACGGGCUGAGGACGCCACCGCCACCGAGUCACCAAAUCCUGAACUGCUGUACACAUUUUGA